GUCAGGAGCCUCCCGGUGAACGGGCGCUCCAAAGGCGCUGUGGAAAAACCCGUCUGGACUGCACCUGCACCCAGGAGAGAGCCAAAAAGGAAAGGCUGAAUGAGGGAGACAGCAGGGUGUAUCUCCAAGGGGUGAAUCAGAAAGACGUUUGGUCCUGCUCCCAAGGGAUGUCUUUAUGCCUGCUCCUGUGUUGGCAGACCCGAGGCUGCUGUUUGCAUCUCUAGCAGCAGAUAGAUCAGUGAAAAUACAAUCCAGCAUAAUUUUUUUUUAUUUACUGUAGCUCCCCCUAAAAGCUAAAGCAUUUUCAGGCACUAAGCAAGAAUGAUCUCUUCUCCAAAUCAUUCAUAACUGAAGGAGAGCCAAGGAGAAAGGUGGCUAGGAAAAAUAUUAGGAUACAAGUGCAGCCAAGGAUGGUGAAGGCCCUGCCAUGUCCACUGCAACCCCUCAGAUGCAGAGAUGUCAAGAGGACGCUGGUCUUUGCCAUCUCCUGCAGCCGGUCAAAGAUGAGACACAACAGGAUGAAUUUUCCUACUGGCUGUCCUCAUUUGGAAGAUUCCUGAAGGAUAAAGUUUCUGUACUUUUAUGUGCUUUAUUUUGCUUUGUGCUACCAGUUCUGAAGAGAACUGAGGUUAUGCAUCAAGCACAGAAGUAUAGAUAGAUGGUCCUUUCUAUCAGAGGGAUUGGAUUUCCAGUCACUCCUAAAUUUCAUUGUCUUGGAGGUAUUUUGAACAACUGCCAUACAGACCAAAAGGCAAAUCUUCAGAAUGGCUUCUGGCAGAUUUGCCACACAAGCCUGAAGUCAGCACAAGAGCAAGAUACAGAUCUGCUUUAUUGCACUAAACACAGGUAUCCAGUGUAGACAACUACUUUUGAGCAAGCCUCCUUCAAAAUCCUCAACAAAGUUCAUCAGUAAUAUACUGCAUUAUAUGACCAAUUUAAUCUCAAAAUGAUGUCUAAGAACAUGAUGUCUCCAUCUAGAUGCCUGAAAUUACUCACACCCUAAAAGCGACUUUGUCCCUGAAAUGGCUAGAAACAGAGCAUAGAUGACUAUCCCACAUGGACACAUCCCUUGCUGCCUAGUGGCAGGGAAGUUUUUAGAAGACACACUGCCCUCAGUUAAACCUAAUGCCAGAUGUUUGCCUCAGCUGCCAUCAGUCCCCCUUUUACUCUUCAGUCAAUUAUAGCAGCAGUUAUUUGUGAUUUCCAAAUGGCCACCCAGAGCAUGUGAGCAGUGCUGGCUGUGCAGUGCCCAUGCCUCGACAGACCCAUCCCCAGAGUGCUGCAAGCCACGGGCCGGGUGAUCUGUCCAGCCUUCUGCAGCAGAGAGGGAGAAAUACCUUUGGUACCUGUGGCUGUUGUGCAAGCCACGCACUGGGCAGUGGAACAGUGGCCAUGAGAGAGUAAGAACCUGGCUGAGAUGCAUCUCACUUAUAUUUACAUAACCCAUAUAUCAUCCAACUCCCAUAAACUCCGUAUUUGUAUGAGUAUUUAGAGUAAAUGGAGUUUGGCCCCUCAGGUCCUUAAAACCUGGGUGUGGGCUGCAACCUGCAUUGUGAAACACUUUAAUACAUUUUUAACUCUCUUCCUUAAUAAAUAUUUAAGAAAAAUUAGGUUUAUCCUCCCCUAGUUGCCUGUCAUCACAUGCAUGACUUCAGCUGCACUGCACACUCCACUCCCAGUCCCACCACACCCUUCCCUUGCUCCACGCACCUGCGUGUUGGGAGAAACGGGGAAAGGCCAUUUAAUUGUGGGAGAAAGUUCACAACUGGGAAGGAGCUCACAAGUUUACAGAGAGCAGCAAGUGAAGCCUACUGGUGAUGUGGCUUGUCAUUCUGGCUGGGAGGGGAGGGGCAGGCUGGGGAAGAAGCACUUUAAAAGAGACUGAGGAAGUGAACCUGCCAUGCCACUGCAAAGCAGCCCUUCAGGGAAAGCCAAUUACCUACCCAGCCUCGUGGAGAUUACAAGGAAGAGCACCUUGAGGUGAAACAAAGGAGAGAUGAGGGGGACAGCAAUGAAAGGACAUGGGCUGCUUAUUUUCAGUGCAAUUCUGGUGUCUGCUCACACCCUCAUUGUGGAAGCACCUGAGAAGCAAAUCCAAGUGGCAAGAGGAAGAAACGCUACCCUGCGCUGUAAUUUUAAAACAAACUCAGCUGCUGACAGAGGAGACCUGGUUGUCUGGAAGAAAAUCAAUAGCAAGGUUGACGCUGUGUCGCGGUACUUCGAUGGGCUGGUGCAGUAUGGGGAGGGCUACGACCACCGCAUCCAGUUCAUCGGCGACGUUGACAGCGGGGACAUCAGCAUCACCAUCGGUGCCGUGACCAUGGAGGACAACGGGACCUACGUCUGCAGCGUCCGCCUCCGGGACGACCCCCCCCGCCAGUCCGCGCUCCAGGAUCUCUUCGUCCUCGUUGCACCAUCGAAGCCCGAGUGCAAGAUUCUGGGGACACCAGAAUAUGGACAGACAAUCAACCUGACCUGUGCUUCUCACGAGGGCUCCCCAACACCCAGAUACACCUGGAAAAGCUUCAAUGUGCAAAAUGAGCCUCGUUUGCUACCAUACACAGAAGGGCAACAAAUAACUCUGAAGAACAUCUCAGCAGACACCUCUGGCUUUUACAUCUGCACUGCAACAAAUGUUGUGGGAACGGAGUUUUGCAACAUGACAGUCAGCAUUGUGCCACCAUCCAUGAACAUAGCUCUGUAUGCUGGCAUCAUUGGGGGAGUUGUUGCUGCCAUUGUGGUGAUUGGGAUCAUUGCCUAUUGCUGCUGCUGCCGGGAAAGCAAGGACACUGACUAUGAGAUGACGGUGCAAGAAGACAGAAAUGAACCCUCCAGGCAGAUGCCAACACGGCAUGAAAGCAUAGAGGAGGAUGUGGAAAAUGAAUGAAUGAAGAAACCACUGCCAUCUCCAGGAUCUGCUGAGGCACAGACAUAACUGUAGAAAAGAAAUCAAUCCCUCUUUCUUACUGCAAGAAGUUGAAUUAUAAAAUGAAAGCCAAAGGCUCUGCCUUCAAGUUCUGAGAGAGAACAUUCUUGCUUCCCUGGAAAGAAGUGCUUGAUGUACAGUGAGCACUAACACACACUCUCAUAACAGAAAAAUACAUGUGGAGCACUGCUGCACCCAGUCAUCCAAAAAUAAGCAGUCUUCCAGACUUCCAACUUUCUGAAAAAAGAAACCAGUCAGGUCUAUUUGGAGAACAGAGGAACAGAGCUGCUGAUGUAUCCCCAGAUCCACAAAAGGUUUGAAAGUCACCAACUGCAUUUCAUCAAGGAAGGGUGGUCUUGCUUACAGAGUCAUGCAAAUGUCACAGCUUUCACCAUUGUCCAACAGAGAAACAGUUUUUAUGGAGGUUGAAGCAAGAUGACUUUUAAAGACAUUUUAUUAAAUGUGGUUUUUGUAUGUAUUAUACAUGCACAUAUAAAUAAAUAUAUGGAAAAAAAACCAUCGAUGACCAGUGAGUCUCCUAUUUGGGACAACAGUGCAUAAUAAUGUCACAGAUAAGGUAAGAACUUAGAUGGGCAGCUGAUAAGAACUAGAAACACUCUAGUAGCCUAUUUACUGUCAGACUCCUGAAUUUCUGAGUUCUAGCUCCCAGAGCUCCUAAUUUCAUUACAUUACUUUUUCCUGCUGACUGUUGCAUGGGCAAGUCAGAAAUAGUCCAUUGCUCCUGCUGCUUCUGAAAAAAUGACAACGUGAGAGCAUGUACAUGACAAGUACAUCCUUCAUUUUAAAAAAGGUGGGGGGGAGUGGAAGGAAAAAGGAAAAAUAACUUUUUGUUCAAAACUGUAACAAUUUAAUCAGAAGCACUGCAUUUUAUGUGCAAGAUGUGUGCAAACGUGGAGGGAAAUGCUACCACUGGUAUCUUUGGAAGAGAAUGGACUGUCCAUCCCCAAGGACUAUCAAUGGGUAUUCAAGCUAAUUAAAAGCUUU